GCAGGUACAAUUCUUACGCCCUACCUGCAGGGCAGUUAUAUACAUGUCUAAUCACUGCUGUCUAUUCCGACCUUUGUAUGUAUACGCAAACUUUCAAUUAACACGUUUACACAUUCUCCUUUAUAAGAGCACGGGCAAGCAUAUGUUUCUCAAAAAGGCCGUGGGAGACGUCAGUGCUACAAUCAGCUCAACAGUAUUUUCCUAAGGAAACGAACAUUAAUACUGGAUGAUGUCUUGGAGACUGAUUCACCUCAAUCCAUAUCAGAACCUAGUUCCGCUCAUGAAUGUUACAAGUUACGGCGAUUCUAACCUGCGGCAGCGAGCAUCACUUCUGACAGGUAGGGGACAUGUGCAGUUGUGGCAAUUCCUCCUGGAACUUUUAUCAGACGAAGCAAACGACUGUUGCAUAAGGUGGGAGGGACCUAACGGCGAGUUCCGAAUGACUAAUCCAGAGGAAGUUGCCAAGCGGUGGGGGAGUCAUAAAAACAAGCCUUCCAUGAAUUACGACAAAUUGAGCAGAGCUUUAAGAUACUACUACGACAAAAUGAUACUUACAAAGGUCCAAGGGAAAAGAUAUACUUAUAAGUUCAACUUCAGAAAGAUUAUGGAAUCGAACAAGGCAUCUGAAUCAGUUUCUACAUCCGUUGAUUGGACCUCCAAUAUUGGAAUGGGAAGUCGAUUCCUACAUCACAUGCAGUUCCUGGAUUCGGUCUCAUCCUUCAUGCCAAUUGAGCGGUACGUACAAUUUUCAUCUCGGUUUGAUCGCGGCUCGCCGUAUCCGGUUACAGGAUUCAUACCAGGAUAUCCACAGAUGGUAAAAUUGGAAGAAUAUAGCCUACCGCCGUCAGAAUACUCUGAGUACUCAUCUUCCGAUUGGCAGACAUCUCCCACUUCUUCAGUUUCCUCGCGCUCUCCGCUCCAAGAACCCCCGGCGUACGUCACAUUUCAGUCUCGGAAUGAGUAUCGGCCAUCAUGCGAUUGCUACCCAGCCUGUCUUUCCAGACGAAACACGAUGCCUUCCGGUAACUAUUAGCGAAUUAUGAUGGCAACAUUUUCGAAACAUAAAAUGGUUAAUACAUUUGAUGAAUUUCGAAUGGCAUGAAUACGGAUUUUAACAUUUGAUAUCAAAGCAUGUUUUACAUAAAAGUUAAAGAUGUCGUUAUAAUGAGAAUAAUCACCUUGAUGAUAAAAUUUCCCAUCAAUUCCAUACAAGAGGCCCAUUGGCCUGAACAGUCAACUGCGUUUUGAAGUAUUUAAGUUUAUUUAAUUUACCCUUUUUGGCCCCUCCCAUCAGCCAAGGGAGUCAGUCAUGGCCAACAUGUGCAUACCAUCAAACUGCCAUCUUAAGCUGAUAAUGUUAACCAAAUAAGAAUUCAUUCCAAUACAAAUCCAACACAUAAUGGUCAAAUAUGUGAUUUCCCUAUAUCAACUAUUGUAAAGUUUACCCCUUCCCCAGGGGCAAACAUCCGACCCCAGUCAUGAAAUUUACGAUUUCGGUUAAGCACCCUAUAACCCUUCUGUCUAUGGCAAGUAUUUGAUUCUACCUUAUUUGUGUCUUGAGAAGAUCAUUUUUAAAAUUUCAGUCAAUUAAACCCUUUUUAACCCCGCCCGUCGAUGCGUACCGAUAACUUUUUUCUCAUUCCUCCUAUUUUCUACUCUCAUCCGAAGUCAUACAUUGCUAAAAACAUUAAAAAAUUACUCGUUAGACGGCAUAACGCUGUGUCACGAUAAUGCAUAAAAUGCCAGGUGUUGUAUAGAAAAUUAGCUCAUCAACGAGGAAGUCAAUAAUGUAAGGCCAAAAGAUAAAAGCCUAUUGGUGUAGGAAUUUUAAAAAUGUGUUUUCUGGAACAUUGGACGACAGCGAGACAUUUUAAGGAAAUAUAUUCGUUCGUGCCCUCAAUCAGCUCCCAACAAUUCUUGCUAUUUCCGUUAAUAGGAAUAUGAUUAAAGACAGUCAAGAAGGUUGUUUUUUUUUUGUAUUUCUGAUGGUUUAUACAGAUGUUGAUGACACAUAUUUGUAUAGUUAUAUCACCGUGUACUUAAGACAAACUUAACACACAUGAUGUACAUGUGUCUAUGUCUUAUACGUCACUACAGAGGACAAGGGUAUAAUUUUCCGAAGUUUUGUUUUACAAUAUUUUUUUAUUUUCCGAAUUUGACUGUAGAUGCUUGCAUUACGCGUGAUGAGUGGUAUAAUAUAAUAAUAAGAAUGUAGUAUAUUCAAUUUUGUAACAUUUACAUUUAGCUGAUCAGUUCAGAUCUUGUUUUUACACAUUUGUCGUGUCUUAUCUACAUAUUUUUUUUUGUAUAUUUAUGUGAUACGAUGUAUCAUGAGUUAUUCUUAAGGUGCAUUUCCUUGUAUCUUAUAUAAGGUAUUUACAGUCGAACCUGUCUAUAAAGGACACCUAAGGGACAAGGCAAAAGUGUCCUUUAUAGAGAGGUGUCCUUUAUAUAGAGGUUCAACGAGUUAUGUCCCUUAUAAAGGAAGAAUCAAACCAAAGUCUGUUCAUAGUACACUAUAUGUCUCCUGAUUUAUUAUAUUUAAACACUUAAACAAAUGAAUAAAAGACAAAUAAUUAAAGAUAAA